CUUGUAUCCACACAGUUGACUGAUCAGAAAAAAGGAAUAUCUGAUACAUACUAUCAUACAAAUUACAAUAUGUUGGAGAUGCUUGAAUACAGCCAUUGCCAGGUGCAGACCCAUCUGGAGAACCCCACCAAGUACCACAUCCAGCAGGCCCAAAGGCAGCAGGUGAGGCAGUACCUGUCCACCACCUUCGGGGGUAAGCCUUGCAGCCAGGCCAGCAUCCUACAGUGCCCCAGCCAGCCCCCAGAGCACGGGAUGCCCCCCGGCCCAGGCAGCAGUGACCCCAACAGCCCCAUGGUCCUGCUGACCCUCACCUCAAACUGCGAGAAGGAGAUGGACGAUGUCAUCGAUGACAUUAUUAGCUUGGAAACAAGUUAUAAUGAUGAUAUUAUUGGAUUUAUGGACCCCGGACUCCAGAUUACAAAUACGGUCCCUGUAUCUGGUAACCUUCUGGACAUGUAUGGAAACCAAGGACUUACCAUCAGUAACUCCUGCCCUGGUAGCUUAUCCAACAUCAAAAGGGAAUUCUCAGCUCCUGGCAUGAUGCACAUACUUGACAAGACUGGAUCCUGUGGCCAGUUUGACAACUACCCAAGGCCUGAAGGCUUUCCAGUUGAAGCUGAGGUCCGAGCGAUGGCCAAGGAGAGACAGAAAAAGGACAACCACAACUUAAUUGAACGAAGAAGGAGGUUCAACAUCAACGAUCGAAUCAAAGAGCUUGGAACCUUGAUUCCUAAGUCAAAUGAUCCGGACAUGCGCUGGAAUAAGGGCACCAUUCUGAAGGCCUCAGUGGACUACAUCAGGAAGCUGCAGAGGGAGCACCAGAGAGCCAAGGAGCUGGAGCUUAGACAGAGGAGGCUGGAGCAUGCCAACCGCCAUCUGAUGCUGCGCAUACAGGAGUUGGAGAUGCAGGCGCGGGCUCAUGGUCUUGUGGUUGUGCCGUCGUCUUCCCUCUACUCCUCUGAGCUGAUGGCCCAAGCCAUCAAGCAGGAGCCCAUCCUAGGAGACUGUCCCUCAGACCUGUACCAGAAGUCAGGCCCCAACAUGUCCCCUACCACCACACUAGACCUCAACAAUGGCACCAUCCACUUCAAUGACAGCCCUGUGGAUGCAGGGGACCCAGGGGCCUAUGGCUCCAACAAGGCCUCCACUAAACUGAAGGACAUAAUAGACAACACCCUGUCUCCCAUAUCAUCCCUUCUGUCCUCAGUGUCUCCAGACGCCUCCAACAGCAGCAGCAGGCGUAGCAGCAGCUCAAGCAUGGAGGAGAAUAAUCAUGGUUGUUAGCACUGCACACAAGCUCAAAUCACAUUUUAGCAUUGUUAUUACUGGGGGGGGACACUAGAUGCUGCUAUGGCCUAUUCCAUGAGAUGCUUCUCUGCUAGCAUCCUAAGCUGUCCUCCAACUUUCCUUCCCUUGUUUUCAGAAGUUAUGUCUUUUGUUUUUGUUUGUUUUACAAUGUCAUUGUGUCUCUUUCUGGAACCAAAUCUGACUGUUCAGAUGAGGCUACUCUACUUCUAAACUGGCUGCUGAGAU